UUUCAAUAAUAUAUUUACUAUUCAAGUUUUCACAUAAGAAUGUAACUCCAGUACAUAAUUAAUUCUCUAUUCUAAUCUUUUCUACCGAUAAAUGCAUCGCUACCACUACUCUCCUUGAUGCAUUCAUCCAUAACUCCUAGCAUUCUCCGUAAUAAAGAAUAGCGAAAAUAUCACCGGUGGACUUUGUGUGAACAAAAAUAUAACUCUUUUUAAUUUGGACAAAAAAGUAACCAUUUUUAAAAUUAAAAAGCAAUAUGUUCUGCCGACUCCCAAACCCAGCAACGAAUGAAGCCUUCAUCUUCCCCCAUCGCCUCUGCAUCUUCGAACCAUGUCGCGGCCGCCGCCUUUCGUUCGCCAUCUUCCUCUCGCGCCACCGCUACAAGUUCUCUCUGCUGCACCGCCAUCUUCGGCCAUCCUUCCUUCUAUUUCUAUCUAGAUGCAGGGAUGACAUGAUUCCCAUUGACUGAGCGGAAAUGGGGUGAUUCCGACUAUAAAGGGGCUAAAUCCGAGCUUCGAGGGUUGUAUAAGAGGGCUGAAUCUGAUGGGCCAGCAUCGAGGGCGGCGAUCGACCGCUUCUGGUUCUGGAUCCGCCAACCUCGGUGGAUGACGGCUCAGGUUUGACGCAGCGGGUCCCGGAUAUGCCGAAUCCACCGUCCUCGAAGUAGGAGAAGGACCUGAAGGACCGAUAGGGGGCGGCCAGUGGAGGGUGCAGGGGGCGGGUUGGGCAGCGAUCCGAUGCGUAGAUCUGGGGGAGGGGAGGGGCUAGGGACUGGAGUAGGCGGCUUAGGGCAGGGGAGGGGGCUGGGAUGGGGCAGGGGUGGUGGAUGUGGUCGGGCAGAGUCUUGUUGUUGGGCAGAGUAUCUGGCAGUUACACUGAUGAGGGUUGCUGCGGCCGGAGUAUCUUCUGGUGGGCGGCGACUGUCACCGGUCGGAGGUAGUGGUAGAUGUCAAUGUAUUCGUGUUACUAUAGUCAGAAUUUGGAACGGGUAUGUCACUGCGGAGAUGUCACUGUGGCCGCCCGCGGCGGCGGCGGCGAUCCGGGCGCGGCAGCGACAGUGACUCGGCGGCUGUGACAUGGCAACCGUAUCGGCCGGAGUAACUUUUGUCGGGUGGCGUCACUGAAAAAUCAGUGUCAUUAGGCAGUGACAGCGUCACUAUUGUGUCACUGUGGUCGUUGUCACUAUUGCCGGUGACGGUCUCCGACGGCGGCGGCGGUCACCAGUGGGAGGUGGUGGCAAGGAGGGUGGAUGUCAUUGUGUCUCGUGUCACUGUAGCAGUGGGUAUAUAAGCAAGUUUGUCACUUAUUAAUCAUAUUUCAGGAAUUUUUAAAAAAGAUCACUUCUCUACCUAUUACCCUUUUAUUAGUAACUAGUAGCUCACCCGUACGAUGCACGGACAUAUAAAUUACAUACAAAC